AUGAGAAGUGAUAGAUUCAGAUUUUUCCUCUUAGUAUUUUUAAAAAUAUUGAGCUUAACUUACUAAUCUACUUUCGGUGAUUGUACAUAAACUUCGAAAGAAGGAGGUCUAAAUAUUUUAUAUAGUGAAUGUUUACUCAAUUAAGGCUAUUAUUCAUAGUCAGAUGAUUUAUCUGUUAAUUUAUAAUAUUUAAAUACUUCUGAAUGCACAUAGUUUACUUAAAAACAAUGCAGUGAUACCAAUUACUUAUCUGGGCCUACAUGCGAUUCCUAAACAAAAUUCUAAAUAAACUAUAGUCCUUAGGACAAGAAUAAAUUAAUUAAAUUUGUUUAUGUAUUUAUUCGUGUUCUUCUAUUCACGGAUAAAGAUGUAAUUAAUAGUUCAAAUCAGUUGCCUUUAAUAGCCAAUGGAGUUAAAAUAAAAAAUGGCUAUUCAACUCCAUACUUCAAAUGUUGCUCCGAUUCAUACUGCUACUAAUUUAUAAAAACAUUCGAACUUAACUCCUAUGAUCUAGCAAUUACCUUUUAAUCACUUGGUUAGUAAAAUUAUAAAACUUAUCUUUAUGGACUUUUUCUGGGUGUAUAAUAUUGUCCUUAAUAUUGCAGUGAUUGUGAUGGUAAUAGUAAAUGCUCAAAAUGUUUUCAAAAGUACUAUUUAAGUCAAAAUUCUUGCAUUGCUUGCCAUGAGAGCUGCUUAUAGUGUUCUGGUCCUACUCAAAAUGAUUGUGUAGUCUGCUUAGAUUCAACUUUUUAUAUCUCAAUUAAACAAAAUAACAUCUGUGUUUCUGAUUGCAAUCUAGAUAAUGGUUAGUAUGUUAACACUUCCAAUUCAUUAUAUAAGUAUUGCAGACUUUGCUCAAACUUUUGCUAAAAUUGUAAUAAUUCUACAAAUUGUACUAAAUAUUUUCAAAAGUACUAUUUAAAUGGAAAUAUUUGUUCUCCUUGCCAUCAAAGUUGUUUGUAGUGUUCUGGAUCGACUUAAAAUAAUUGCAUCGUCUGUUUAGAUUCUAGUUAAUACAUAUCCACUUCAUAAAAUAAUAUUUGUGUUUCUGAUUGCAAUAUCGAUAAUGGUUAGUAUGUAGACACUUCCAAUUCAUUAUAAAAGUAUUGUAAACCUUGCUCAAACUUUUGCUAAAAUUGUAAUAAUUCUACAAAUUGUACUAAAUGUUUUCAAAAAUACUAUUUAAAUGGAAAUAUUUGUUCUCCUUGUCAUUAAAGUUGCUUGUAGUGUUCUGGACAGACUUAAAAUAAUUGCAUCAUCUGUUUAAAUUCUAGUUAAUACAUCUCUACUUCUUAAAAUAAUAUUUGCGUUUCUAAUUGCGAUUUAGAUAAUGGUUAGUUUGUAGACACUUCCAAUUCAUUAUAAAAGUAUUGUAGACUUUGCCCAAACUUUUGCUAAAACUGUAAUAAUUCUACAAAUUGUACUAAAUGUUUUCAAAAAUACUAUUUAAAUGGAAAUAUUUGUUCUCCUUGCCAUUAAAGUUGUUUAUAGUGUUCUGGACCAACUUAAAAUAACUGCAUCAUCUGUUUAGAUUCUAGUUAAUACAUCUCCACUUCUUAAAAUAACAUUUGUGUAUCUGAAUGCAAUAUUGCAAAUGGCUACUAUAUAGACACCUCUAAUGAAUAAUAAAAGUAUUGUAAGAAGUGCUAAAUAUAAUGUAGGACUUGCAGAGAUGAUAGCAGUUGUGAUAGCUGCAUAGAUGGUUAUUACUUGAAUUCAAAUAAUAAAUGUUCUCCUUGUGAUAGCACAUGCCAAUCUUGCAGUGGCCCUCUUAACACAAAUUGUUAAGUAUGUAAAACUGGGUUAUUAAAAUAGCUAAGUACUAACUUAUGUGUUGACCAUUGCAAAAUUAAUGAAUUUAUCAAUACAAAUAAUGAAUGCUAAGAGUGUGAUAAGAAAUGUGGAAGUUGUGAUGGGCCUGGGUCCAAUAACUGUCUAUCAUGUUACAAUAAUACUUUCUUUUAUAACAAAAUGUGUGUAAGUUUAUGCCCCAAUGGUUAUUAAAGUAAUUUUACUACUCUCGUUUGUGAUUCUUGCUCAAAUUAUUUGAAUCUAAAUAAGUGUAAUCCUUGCUUCGCUAGUUGUGAAUUAUGCGAUUUAUCUUAGGUUCAAAAUGGUUAAUGUAAUAGUUGCUACACAGAAACAAGAAAAUUUGAUACUACCAAUAAAAAAUGUCUAUGCUAAAAUCCAAAUGACCAAAGAGACCUUUUUUACCAGUGUAGCUACAGAAAUGUUGCAGUUCUUGACUCCUGGCUAAGCGGAACAACUCCCUUAUUAACAAUCGAUUUCGGAUCUCCAUUGAAAGACACACCUAAUAAUAUCUAUUCCCCGCAAUCACUAUGCUAGUAUAUCUUUGAUCAGCCUACUAUGGAUAUUAUUGGCUAAGAUUCUUCAUGCUAAAUAAAUGGAAAAUUAAUUUAAAUUAAUUUAGCCGAUUCUUCGACAAUCAUGGAGAAUGAUUCAAUCAUUUUAUUGCCUAAUAGGUUAUAGUUUCAAGACUAUAGCAGUGAUUUCAUAAAUGUUUUUUACAGAAAUUUAGUCUAUUAGAGUCCUUCAGGAAUUCCAUAGCUUUAAUUUAAUUAUAAUUACAUAGAAAAUAGCUGUAAUUCUGUGAAUAUAACACUCUCUAACAUUUAAAAUGAGGCAGGAAGAAAAUUCGCAAGUUUAAAUUGGUCUAUAUUGCAAUUUAUAGGUUCCAACGAAUAGUAAUAGAAUUUAAUUAGGGUUUUACAAAAUGCAAGCUAAAACAAGAAUACUGCUUUGACAAUUGAUCCUAAAUAUAUUCCUCCAAAUUAAAAUAUUACUUUGCAAUUCAACUAUUUGCUAAAAGUUAACAAAAUAGGCUAACAACAAUUUACAAUAUUUUACAAAAAAUAAAAAAUUAUCAGAAUCAGCUAUUAGCAAUCUACAUAUCCGCCAAUCUACAGAUACAUGAGCCUGAGUUUCUACUUUUAAUUCUAUGUAGAAAGUUGUGAACUAGGAUAAACUGUUUAUUUCUAAGAACCGUUUGAUUUGCAAUUAGUUUCUAACCAGUUUUAGUAGAUAAGUUUGAGCUAGUAUAAUCAAUCUAAUUUUAAAUACGAUAUUCUACCUUAUACUUUGAUAUCUAAUAAGACACUCAACAUAAGUCUAACCGUAAGUCUAAGCUAAGAGAAUAAAAUUAUUUCUGCCAAAAAUGUAUCAGUUGACAUUUUAAUUACAAAUUUAUAUCUGCAAAUUGAAGGAGGCUCUAGUUUUAUAGUUGGAUUUUAAAAUAAACUAGUCUUGAAUACUGUGUUCAGAGAUUACGAAAUAGAAGACCCUAACUCUCCUCAAAGCAUUGAUUUUACAUGGACAUGCGUUGGUCUAACUUCUAAUGAUCGAGUAUGUUAUGAUUAUGCAGACAAAUAAGUUUAAUUGUAACAAGGAGUGAGCUAUAUUUCUUUUCCUGCAAAAACUUUUACACCAUACUCUAUAAUUGUAUUAUAAAUCACAGGAUAAAAAGGUUCUAGGCAAACUAACUCCACUGCAACUUGCAUUUUUACUGAAUUAGAUAUUCCAUCGCUUUUAGUAAAAUUUAAUUCUACACAUCUAACUCAAAAAAUUAAUUUGAAUGAGGAAUUAAACUUUGUCAUCGUUUAUGGAGGAAACUUUUCUUCAGACAUUUUGUCCUAUGCAGGAGCUUUGUUAUACGAAAAUAAUUUGGUUGGAGCUAUAAAGUUUGACUAUUAUUAGGUUAAAUUCAGAGUAUGGAAUUUCUUCUAAAAUGUAAAACCUUCAAAGCCUACAAUUUAAAUACGUUUUUCUGUGUACAAUCCAUCAUUUUUCAUGCCAAGUCUAUCCACUCUUAGUUUUAUAGUUAAUAUCCCACCAUAAGGUUGUACUUUGAGAGUAGAUCCAUAAUAAGGAGUAGCUUUGUAAACUGUUUUUUCUAUUCAAUAUUAAAAUUGCGAUGAUGAGGACCUUCCAUUGACAUACUAAUUCUUUUAUUACAAUAACAUAGAAGAUAUUUAGUAAGAAUUAAUUGCUCCUUGGAAUAUAGUGAGAAGAUAAAUACAAGACUAGACUAUAAACAAUUAAAUUUAGACAGUACUCCCUUAAGGUAAUCUUGUGAUAAUGGGAUAGGCUAUGGAUUCUUAACUUGGAAUAUCUAAUAGCACAAUAACAAUAGUAGUUUUAGCUUAGAAUAAAUCCCCUGACGAAUAUUAUCAAACUGUAAAUAAUCUUGUUAAUAAAACGCUUUAAAUUUAAAGCUCAAGUUAAUACACUGAUCAACUAGUUGCGUUAAGUUUAAUUGGUGAAGAUAUAAGUAAAAACUCUUAAUAAUAAUUAUCAUAGCAAAUGGCAAAUUUACUAACUUUAAUUAUUACAAAUAUGCAACAAAUAUCACUAAAAUUGCCUGAAUUUUCCCUUUUGUUUACUUUCGCUAAUAAAGUGAUUGCAUAGCUUUCGUAGUUAUUAUUUAAUUCAUAAUAAAAUUAUUCUUCAUAGAAAAAAGAUAUUUUUAAAUAAUUAUAAACAACAAUGUAGAACACCUUUAUAAGCAUAUAAAACAAUAAUCAAAGUCCUCUUCAGCAAAAUAAUGAUCUUCAUAUGCAAAAUGUCAUUGAUUCUUUUAAAAUUUUAAAUUCUAGUAUUACCCAAAACUCCAGUAACUCAUUUGAUGAUUUUUAAAACUACAGUAAUGUAUCUAAUUAUAUAGGAUUUCUUCUAACAAAUAUGACCUUACCAAAUCAAGGACACAUAAUUAUAAGUGGUAAUUUAUCCUCGCUUUUAUCGGAUAAAAUAACUCAAAAAAAUAUCUUUUAAUACGCACUACCAUUUGAUGAAUCCAACACUGAAAAUUCAACAAAUAUAUUUAGUAUUACAAGAAAUAAUUAUAAAGUAAAUAUUUAUGAAAAUACAACAGGAUUUGAAGCGUAUACUUAGUAAUAUAAAAAUGUCAGUUAAAAUUUUACUUAUUCAAAGAACCAGUUAAUAUCUACUUAAAUUUAUAGCUCGAGUCGUUAAGGACUUUAAAAUGGCUCAAAUACAUAAAUCCCCAUGAAUGAUUCAUUGACAAUUUAUUAGUUCGAUAAUGCGAUUAAGAGCGAAAAGUACAGCAUGACUUGUCUAUAAUAAAAUGAUGUGAAAUGGAAUAAAAACGAUUGUAGUAUUUUCAAUAAAAAUAAUAAUAAAUUCAUGUGUUUUUGCAAAACAUAACAACCUACAACAAUAAUUGAAGACUUAGAAGAUAUUUUUACCAAAAAUAAAAAUUUAUAGACUGUAUUUGGUGAAUAAGGUUUUAAAAAUAUUGAAAACUUUAACUAUUUUUAUCAGUAUUUAGCUUUUUGGGUAUUAUUUACAUUUACCUUGAUUUAAAUUGCAUUAUUUAUAAUUGGGAUAUAUCUAGACAAAAGCUCAUUUAAAAAAAUGAAUCAAUAAGUUCACUCAGAAAGAUAAGAUUAUAAUUAACAAAACUUGGAGUAACAACAAUAUAACUAGUAACUUGAUUUACAGGAAAUUCCAGAGGUAGGAGAUUAAAAUGAAAUUUAAAUUUCUCCUAUUGCUUUAAAUAGUAAUAACAAUAAUCAAAUUAAUAAUAAUGAUAAAAUAAAUAAUAACAGCAACGAGAAUAUACAAAAAUUGUAAACAUAAAGUGAAUAAUUUAUUCCAUUAUCUGAUAAUUAAGUUACAGAUAUUCCCCUAACCCUAAUUAGAAAAAAAACAACAAAAUUUGUUAAUAAAACAAUUUAUUAAACUUAAAGUAGCUUAAAUUAAUUUAAUGAAAAUAAUUUGAAUAAUAGAUCUAAUUAAUUAUUCAUCAAAAGACAAUAUACUAUAAACAUAAAUUGCAGUGAAUAAAAUGAAGAAAUACUAAAUACUUAAGUAAGUCCUUAAAGCUAAACACUAGAAUUAUAAAACUAAAAUGAAAAAUCUAAAUAAUAAUCUGUUUAUUAGAAAAUUUCAAAUUUUAAAAAACUGGCAAUAUUUCACUAAUUAUUUAGUAUUUUUUAUCUUUAUGAUAAAUAAAUUUCAAGACCAACAAGAUUCACCCUACUUUAUAUAAAACUAAUUCACACUCUUGCAAUUUCAAUAUUGUUUGCAGGUUACACUAUGCUCAUUCAGUAGAUAUUCAUAGCUUUGCUUAACAGUUUAAUUUUAAAAGUCUCUUCAUUUAUUAUUGUUUAAACUUUCAAAAAAGGUUCAUUUUGGAAAUUUAUUUCUGUCAUUUUCUAAUUAUUGAUUUCGUUGUUAUAUUUUUACAUUAUAUUAGCUAUUUCAAGUGGUAAAACUCCAAGCGAAUCAAAUGAUUUCAUUAUCUUAUUUUUAGUGUCCUUUAUAAUAGAAAUGGUAUUCACAGAACUUAUUCUUUCAUUGGUGAUAAAUAUUUUGGUUAAAAAAUAUUUUUUAUGCAAUGAUGAAAAUAGUAUUUAUAGUAAAUUAUUUAAAAGUUUAAAAAUUAAAGAAAUGAUAUCAAGUAUAGAUACUUGA